AUGUCCACUCCUCCUACAAUCCUCUUCAAUGCCUCGCCAUUACCCUCUCCACGCUUUUCGACAUUUGACACCCAGCUCGACAAUGAUUUCAGGCCUUCACAUUCUAUUGAGGGUAUUUACGACCCAUACUCCCCUCGCGAACCUCUAAUUCCCAACCGAAUAUCUCGCACACAUAUUCCACAACAGCUAUCCCUCACCGGGUCGAGAUACCAUGACUUCGACCCAUACCCCACACAGAAGCAGGAACAUCUUACGCCGAGUACGAGUUCAGAAACAGACUUUCUGAAAACCCCUUCUUCCGCACUCUUUCCCAUGGGCCAUCCUAAGCCGCCUAGAAGACAUCCUUUUGCAACUGGGUUUGAAGCGCCUGAAUGGUGGUCCAUUUUGAUUCACAUUGCUCUGUGUGCACUGGCGUAUCCAGUUCUCUACGCAUUCGUCGUCAUUGCUACCAAUCGACCCAUUUUCUGGAGUCGUCUUCUUGUUGGUGCUGGUUGUGGGGCGGUUGGUGUGUCCCUAGGUUGGAGCUUGACGCGUCUGGGGCAACGAUUCCUUGAAGCGGCUACAUGGGCAACACUGAUAAACCAAUCUCGUGCCUCUCAAGACCCUGGAAUCAGCUUGCGAAGCUUCGCCAAAAGCGCAGAAUCUUCAACAAGUAUCAUGUCUGGCGUCCGACUACUUUUUGGCCGUUGCUACAAAAGGCAGAAGUCAGAUCAGCAAAGCGCCAGAUCGCAGAAUGAUUCUCGCUCGUGGUCGGCAUAUGUGGUUGUGUUUCUUGUGAUUCUUGCCAUCGCAUCAUCGUUACCAUUCAUCCUUGGACGCGUCGUUGACAUACAAGCAUCAAUCGAGCAUCAGCACGUUAAUUACUUCGAAGUUGCCAUUGCGGCAGACUUGAGCGACGAAGAUAUUAGCCGGGCGGCUGCAUUGAACACCAAUGCAUUCAAUAACUACGCCCUUACUUGGACAAUCGCCCCAUUCUCGACCCACGGCACCCUCCCCUCCCCUGUCUCCUUCACAUGGGAAAACGACACAGUCUACUUCUCCGAAACGAUCCUUUCACAGGUUCUUCCUGGUGGGACGGGUUUCGGCACUUUUGAUGCCAACACAACAGCCGCUUCAAUUGAUCUGACCAGCACCAACCAACCAGCGCCGCCAGCUGCCAACAGUAUCAACCCCGGUUGGACAUUGCGGUAUCCUCGUUGGGGCUUGCGCAUCCACUGCGUCAAAUCUUCUGACCCCAACACGAUCGUUCCCAAGGCUGCCUCCGGUCUCUCCUAUGUCUACACUCCUCGAGAAACUCUCCGGUCGCUAUUUUCUUCGUUUGGAAAGGAGUUGCCCGCCAAUUUAGAGACACCGCUCAACAUCACGAAGUUAAUGAUGGGGAACGAUACAUUUCCUGCCUCACUCAAGGCUGAGGAUAUCGCACUCGGAGCCGUUUUCUGGGAUAAUGGCGUCGCGCAUAGCUUUAAGAGUACACCAAUCUCCGAAGGCGAAGAUGGAGCUGGAUUCGCCUCAAUCGAAACCUUAUUGGUUCGAUUGAACACGACCUACGCUCCUCAAGGCACUUUCUUGACCCAUAGCGAAGUAGCAGUCCCGGAUGUGCAUGGAGCAAACACCUUCAUUGGAUAUGACUCUGCCGUCUGUUUGGAGCUCUACGAGCCCUACGUGCUGGAUACCUAUAACAGCACGGCAGGCUUUCCUGCGUCUAUGCGCAUCGUAAACAAGGGCAACGCUGUCGUCGACGUAAUUAACAGGGAGAAGAACACCCAACAACCUCUGAGGGACCCGACAUUGAAGAGGGAGUUGCUUUCGUCGAAUCUCCGCCCAGUGUAUGAGGUCGCUCACGAAAACUCGGCAAAUCAGAUUCUCAAGGACAAUGGUCGAGACGCCUACUAUGUUUUAUCGCCGACGCUGUUGUCGUUUACCGGUGGGGACGGCCCUCGCGGGUACUUGGAGCUAUCAGCGCCGUUCUUCGCUCAGGCGCGGGCACUCGCCGACGCGUCCAACGUGCUCACCUACCUCGUUGGCUCUGGCCAAACCGUCGCACGGUGCUACCCUGACCGCAUCACGACCACCGUGAGAAUCGCCACCCGGGACGCUGUUGUUGUGUUGGCCACCGUGUUGGUGUUGGGGCUGCUGGCUGGGCUGUUCGUUCCGCGUCUGCCAUUCGCGAUCCCCCGUCGCGGAUUCGGGCUUUAUUCGUGGCUCGCGGGCUUCUACAGCAACGAGUUGGUGCUGGGCCGCACUGAAGCACGUCCAUCGGAGGGUAUUCCGAAGCAUUUGGAGUUGGAAGAGAUCAAGCGGCAUAUGGGUGAUUUGAAGUUCCGAUAUGUUGUCUAG